AUGGACUCAAAGGUGCACCAAAGCAUAUCAGGCAGCAGUACACAAAUGGCCUUAGCAAAAAGUACUUUGGAGUCCCAAGAAAGUGAUUUUCUUCAAACAGUUUUAUCAUCAGUUACCACUCCUUUUGAUGUGACUUUAUUUAAGCAAGAAGAAACAGUCAGGAUUUCCGAAGGGAGAAGUACGCCGUUGGUAGAUGUCUCCGUGACAAGCAAUGAGGCAUUUUUAAGUGGCAAUGAAUUCAUUAGCUCAUUUCCAAAGGCACAGUGGAUUCCUCCACUGAAGUCUUUUGCAGUUUUAACAGGUCAUCACUCAGUUAAUACAGCAGAGCCACCAAGAGAAAUGUUAGAAACCGUGUUGCUAACACCUUCAUUAUCUGUCCUUUUUUCACCAUAUGAUAUCUCAGAAACCGCCCAGGAAAAGACUCCGUUGAGUGCUGUCCCUGAACACAGUAACACUCUUAUAGAAUUGAAGCCUUUUGUAUCAGGUGGUGAAAUGCUAACUGCAAGCGGAGACUUGCCACUGGACCCUCCAAAUACAGCUGUUUAUAUGGCUUCCAUUCCUUCAGAGGCAGAAGUUGCAGUGCAGGAAAACAUAAAUGCAAGUUUAACAGCUCUGCCUCUUGGGGCUGCUUCAGAAGAGUCACCUCGUCCUCUCAAGCUGCUGGAUAAAACUAGACCUGUGAUCCCAGGUGUCACAGCACAAAGUACAGACCUGUAUGGUGACGUUUACACUGAUAUGAGUAGCAGGGCAGCAGAAACUCUCAGCCUAAGGACCGACCCCAGCCCAAGCAUUCCCUGGGCCACACCGGCUUCAGCAGGCAGUGCUGAGGCUACUUUGUUUCCUAUUAGUCUUAGAUCUUUCCCCCUUCGCUCACUUGCCAUUUCCACAGACUCUACUGCGGUUCUUAAUACCAGCCUGUUUACACAUGAAUCCUCUGGUACAGCACCAAAUUUGCCUGCCGGUUCAGAAAUACCAAGUCAGUCAGAGCUUGUCAGUGAGCUCACGAGUACAGUGCCUUCCACAAGAUCAUACAGUUCCUGUCUGUAUUGCAACUCAGUUUCACUUCUGCCAGAAGCAGGCUUUUCCCCAGAACAUGACGCGGGCUCAGGCGACUAUGCUGAAACCUUGUCCAUCAAAGCCUCUGAAGUACAAGGCAUAUCUCCGUUUACAACGAUAAUUACUUAUGGAUAUGAAUUCGAGGAGUCCACACCUGAGAUUUUUGAUACUGCUUUUCCAUCAAGACCAGUUGUUUCAUUUUCUUCAAGAUUUGCAGAGAUGCCCGAUUCAAGCAUGUUUUUAUUAAGCACUACGGACACUGUCCUUAAUGACAGAACACCUAUAACAAUUUCUUCUUCUUACCAUCAGCUCCCUGGAGCAACGUCAUGGAAAAUCUCUUUUGCCCAGUCUUGCCUCACUGUACCGGAGUCAGUUGUGUUGAUACCAAGCACUCCGGUAGAACUUUCUGAUGCCACCUCUGUUCUUCUUGACUCUACCUUCAUCCCGAGUGAUCCGGUAGCAUCAUUUGCACGGAGUCGUACAACUUUGCUGGAGUUGCCAGAAUUGAUGCCAUCAGAAUCUGUGUUUUUGCUUGACAAGACAUCUACAAGAGAGGAACCGUCUUUAGAUAUUUCAGAUUUUCCAUACAGUCUUUUAUCAACACCCUUCCUUAUUGAACCUAGCUACUUGUCUUUAUCAUCAGCCAUGCUAAAUUCUUAUUCUGUCAUGCAGAGUGAUGUAUCAACACUCUUACCUCAGACCUUGCUGACUGGCACAUCAGUACUUUCUGAGGAUGUUUCCAAUUGGGUUUCCAGCUGGGACUUAGCUACCACCAUCAGCUCUGCCACCGAUGCUGAGGUUUCUCAGUUUCCUCUUGGCCAAACAUCAGACUUCUAUUCAAAUGCAUCCUCUUUACCAGGUGCACACAUUCCUGAAAUAAUGCCAUCAUCACAUUUUCACUCUGAAUCAUCCAUGUUUCUGGAAGCAUUCUCAGUAUUGCCAGCAGACUCUAAAGAUCUGUUUACCUCAGUUGUUACAGGAGCUACCUCUCAGCUGGAGCCUUCACUUUCCACUUCUCAUUCCAUGGUUCCUACUCUGGUGCUGCCCACUUCUGAUACCCAGUCUGUUACCAGCAGCAUCUUGCUCAAUGAAACAAACCUGAUCUCUUUGUUUACUACCUUUCCAGCAACUCCCGUCUUAAAUGUAUCUUCAUCUCUACUCUCAACUGUUCCAGCUUCUGAUGAGGAUAUUGGUGCUACAGUUAACCCCACGCUGCUUUUAACAUCUCACAGCGAGGGCAGUGCCCACACAGCCCUUCCUUCUGCAGACCCUGACAACCUGACGUCACAUGCCAACACCAGCAGCACAAUGCCCUUUCCUACUGCAUCUCUGUCUGUCACCACAUUGUUUGCUCCCACAGAGUUUCCUCUGGCUUCUAGUUCUCCCACCGGGUAUGAAGUUCCAGCAGGAAGCAGUGUAACUGCUGGUACUGAUGCAUCGGAUGCUUCCACCAGUGUCCCCAUGACCACUGCCAUCAGUGCUACAGGCAGCCACGGCACAACUGCUGCAGGUGGCCUGGGGACAUUCUCCUCCACCCAUCUGGUGACCACUACUCCAUCUGAACCUGUAGUUGUAACCUCUGCUGUGACCACUACAAGGCAACCCUACGUCUGUGACAUCACAGUUCCUGAUGCUUAUUUAGUCACUGCAGUGCUGGCCCGAAGAGCUAUUCUACAAAAUGUCAGUGAAUCCAUCAGAGAAGUACUCAGAGUUCAGUUCAGGCGAUCAGUAGAGCUAGAG